UUAUACAUCAUCGGGCAAGGAUGGAUGAUUUCAGCCAUUUGUCUCCCGCUGAAUAUGAAAAGAUCUCGAAUGUCCUCAAGAGAGAUCGAGAGUUGAGAAACGCUGAAGAAGCCCGUAUUCGGCAAUUAAAGCAGGAGCUAGUCUGCUUGAGGAAGCGAGCCGCGCUCAAACCUGGGCUCGAUCCUCUUCGGAACUGCGCUCGCUGCCUCACGGAGCUUGGCCGAAUCUUAAACCGGGGAGCCCUCUGUCCCAUUUGUCUCAAGAAAGUUUGUAAAGACUGCCGACAUUAUGGUGACGAGACUCACGAGUGGCUCUGUAUUUAUUGCUUCAAACAAAUGCAACUCAAGGCGAUAUCUGGAGAAUGGAUGCAUGAGUUCAGUCGCUUGUCCAUUCGAACAUGUGCCAAAGAAACGCCAGCUGAUCAAGUGCGGAAAGUUCUUCACGAAUCUCAACGGAAAGGUUUGCUGGAAUCUGAUGUGAUAGAGAAGAAAUCCACAAGUUCAGCUGAAACUCCCCCUCAAAAGCCACCUAGAAUAUUUACUUAUGAACAGUUACAGGAAACCGUAGUCUCAGAAGCGUCAAAGGAAGAAAAUGUAAAUUCUGUCAAUGAUUUAGAGGCUUCACUGAUAGAACGAAAUAAAGACAGUGCUAAACCAGAUAUGGACCCCAUAGAAGCUUCCACGGCGUCUCCUCGAAUAUUGCCUAGAGUAAGCCCAUGGAAUGGGAUUGAUCCUGAACCAACUAUUCCUGUACGCGUUGACAAAUCCCGCCCGUUUGGAACUGUGCAUGAAUUCUCAGACCCAUCGCCUUUCCGCGAACGCCAAUCCUCUGAUGAAGGACAUUGCACUAUUGGCUAUCGUUCCCGUUCCACAAGCAGUGAAAUCAUUGAUGAAAGUGAGAACCUCGCUCCCGUGCCUUUACCUAGAAAACGUCUUAGUCCAUUAAAAAAGCAGCAAGCUGUUCCAGAACCAAAUCCUGUUGAUCAUCAGCAAUCUUCUGUAGACACCACUGACAGUGGGGUUUGCAGUCCUGGUCUUAAGGCGGAAGGUUUGAUUGAUGCCAACAUACCCUCUUCUCCAAGAGUUGCGCAGAAAUUCACUUCAAUUGAACAAGACCCUGCUAACUUUUCCUCUAACCGUCCAUCUUCAUUUGCUCAGCAUCUAGCUAGUGAGUCAAGUUUAAGUGAAUCUGAUAAAGAGCAGCAAGGCGAGUCAAAUCUUAAGAGCAAUGGAAUCCUUUUUAGAAAAGUUACCCUUAGGAAACGAAAGUCUACUUCAGGAACCAGAUCAGUUGUCAAAAAACAUUCAAUAGCAUCUGAAGCUUUCUUGACAUUGUUUAUCAGAUAUGCACAUCGCAAGCUACAAAAAAGCCAAAAGUGUAGAACUGUUUCGUUUGAUUCCAAAAACUUCAGUUCCACAGACAUGCUUGUGCGAAGUGUUUCUGUACCCAAUUUCAAAACCUAUUCCCAGGAUUGGCUUCAAUCUUGGAUGUGGAAAUGCCAUUCCCUGGAAGAUUGGCUGUGGUACUUAGAAGAUCAACCGUGUAGACCUCGUGAUGUUCGCGAAAUUGCUAGUAUGCUUCCGAGUGAUUACAAAUUAGUAUAUGUCAGCUCAACUUCAUCAGACUCGGAUAUUUCCUCUUCAGAGUGUUAUUCAGACGAGAAAUAUAAACCCCAUUUCACUUAUUCGCGGAAAUUAGCAGCACGUUCUAAAGAUCAUUUAAAGGUUCAUUCACGCUUAAAAGUAAAGUAUGGAACAUCUUAUGUUGAUGACUCUGAUUGGGAAUUUCAAUCAGACGAAAGUGAUAAUAUAGGAAUAAUUUCUAAUCGAAAGGAAUCUCCUACUCAUUCGUACAAAACCAAUGACUAUCCCAGUUCAUCUACAGAAGCAACUCGAAAAAUCCCCGAUUUAAUACAGUUGAAAAAUGUGUCCAUUUUCGAUGCCAUAAUCAAUGUCGUUAGUUCAUUUUCGAUUCGUGAAACGAAUAUUAGUUUGUGCUCAACUUCCAAGUCCCUCCGAAGUAGAACAGUUGGCUGUGUUUCGAGUGGCGAGUUUCGGCACGAUGGCUGGACUGCGGUGCCUCUAGGUGACGCCAACGCAUUUCAUUACUCGCUCUUUCCCCCGUGUUGCAAACCAACGAACCGUGGUAAUGACAGCUCUGCUACAGGUUGGGGGAAAGCGCGGUGUUGUAUUGCUGUCGAAACGCAGCGAGUCAUAGACCUUAACCUCGGGGCAUUGGAUUAUGCAUGUGAGGUACUAGACUCGGCUGAUCUCACUUUGUGCCUAGGGUGGACCGCUGCUAAACUUGGUGUUCUAGCGAGCGUAGCCGACGCCUUUUUUUAUGGCCCACCUGUUAUUCCGAAACCGGAAGCCGAGUUUUCCCUGACCACUUCAGAUCCGUGUUUGUUGUCGCUGCGCUCUCGACGUAUGAUUGCUGGCAGAUCCGAAGGUACGGGAGUCGUUCCUUUCGAUAAAGUGGAGAAUGAUAAAACUUGCAGCUCUGCUCAAAGUAAGGAGGUUAUGCAAUCGAAAAGAAAGCGUUUGUUUAGCAAGAGUUAUCAGCUGUUAUCUUUGGAAAAUGAUUCCCCCUGGUUAAAGGGACGAUCCAGGAGGGAAUGCAAAAACCAGGACUCCACUGAGAAAAGAACUUCCAGGCUGUGCUUGGAGAAUGUAAACAAACAUUGUUUGUUUACAACAGGAAGUACUUCUUAUUCUGAUUCAUUAGACAUUGAUAGUGUGAUUGAUGUAAAAGUAGUUGAUAAUAAUUUAUGUGUGCAAAUUCCUUUGAAAGAAAAUGAAAAUGCUGUAAAUAAAAUGGAUCUGGACUAUAUGGAUCAAGAGAUACUGCCAUACAUUAAGAAUAUUUUCUGUACUGAUUUACAAGAUUUUAAAUCUUUACAAAUUUGUAAAUAUGAGCUUCCUAUAGAUGAACCUAUUUUAUAUGACUGUUAUGAUCUAAAUGAAAGAGUUGAUUGUCAAUGCCAUAAACCUUGUGAUGUGCCGUCCUCUCCUUCUGUGAUUGAUGCCACCAUUGAAAGAACACUUCACGAUGAUGGUGAAGUUUUUUCCAGUGGUGAUGAACUCGAUAAAUUAGAAUCUGAUACUGAUUCUCAAGACACUGUGAUAGAAGGUGAAGCUUAUAAAAGAAUUAGAAGUGUUGCUAUUAAAGAGAAAAUAUUGCAUGCUAAUGAAGAAUUAUUUGGUGCAAGUGCAAAAGAUGGUUUCGAAAGUAGUAAUGAAACUUGUGUGGAGCAAAUAAGCCAAAAUGAUGUUUCAGAACAGCAAAUGUUUACAAGCUCAGAUGAAUCAACUUCAUUAGGAGUUAUAUUUUCUCUCGAUAAACAUUUUCAAUCUUUUAAGGGACAGACUAUUUCUGCUUUUCAUCCUGUUUUACCAUUAUCCUUUGCAGAACAAAAAAAUAACGACUGUCAUGCAAGUAAAGAUGAAAACAAUGUACCAGUUUCGUAUCAAAUUGCUUUUAAUGAAACGAUAUGUUCUUCCGAAUCGAGUGAUAAUGGAAGUGAUGGUGAAGAAGUAAUUCUUAGUGAUACAUCAACAUCAUCCGAUGAAGCUACUUACAUAUCACCUGCUUAUGGUUUUCAAUUUUAUCAUCAUCCUGCAUCAUAUAGACUUCAUACCAUUGCUGAAGAGAGCUGUGAAGAAAGUGAAAAAAGCUCCAGGGGAGCUACUCCUACUUGCAAAUCUGUCUGUGAUUUUGAAUAUUUUGAUAAAGUCAGAUUAUCGUCUUCCAGGAGUCCGAAAAAAAUGCAUCGCAAAUCUCCUGUUGAUGGUGCAGCUGUGUCCCCAAUCUCCGAGCACAAAAAUGGAAAAGGAUCUCCUUCCCAUUCAGUGCUUGCAUCUUCUCGGUUAGAAAAAUAUUUUAAAUCUGGAAUAUUUGAGAGUAAUCAUGCUUCCUAUCAUGAUGAUGACCUAACUGAUGAAAGUGGUGGUUUAAGCAGUGACGAGGAAGUUUCUCCUGUAAGUUCAAAAGAAAAAAUUGGCGGUCAAGCAAUGCAUGAAAAAUUAUAUGACAAGUAUUUUAAUUCUAAAUAUCAAGUUACAAAUAAGAACGAAAAAGAGCUUUCAAAUUUUAAGAUGGGAAAUUUUAGAGCUUCAAAUGUACCUAGUUACCAUAAUGCUGAACAAAUUCUUAGGCAAGCAUUUGAAAUACAAAUGCUUGAUAAUCCUGUUGCUUCUGCAUCACAAGUUGAAAAGUCAGCUGACAUAAAACAAAGUAAAAACAUUGAUCAUGGAUCUGAUGAUGAAGCAGCAUAUAUUAUGAAUCAUCUAAUGCAACAUAUUACAGACAACUCUGAAGAAGAAAUACAGGCUAAUCCUGAAAUCAAAGAUGUUUCACCAAUGAUAAAAAUUCUUGAGUCUGAAAUUGCUCGAUUAAUGUUGACAGUAUCACCAGCUUCAUUGUCUGCGGGAGAACCAAGUAGCAGUUGCAGCAGUACAAUUGGCAGUAAUAACAGUGAUUAUGGUAGUGACACAUUAGAGUCUGCUGAAGAUACUACAUCUGAUGAAGAAAUAAAUGCUGAACAUGUGCCUGAAAAUAGAGCUUUGUUGGAGCUUCCUCCUGAAGUUGAGUCCAGUACUUCACAAAAAGAUGUUUCUGUUGCUCAUAAUAGUUCUGAAGAAUGUCCCUCAACUUCAGAUUCCAUUGCUUCUGAAGAAACAUUAUAUAUCUGCAAGCAGUUGAUGGCAUCAUUGAAAAAAAUAGCUAAUGUAAAUGAAGACGGUGAUAAUCCCAGUGACUUAAAUGUGGAUGCUAUGGACGAUCACUCUGCAAAGCAGUAUAUAACAAAUCAAAUAGUCUCUCUUAUGCAGACUGUUAGUGCUAGUCAACAUAAUUCUCCCUUAUUAAGAAGACUGAAUUCAAACCAUUCACCUACAUUGCAUUUAGAUAGCGAUGCAAGUCAGUAUCGUUCUGAUUCAGAUAGUCCUGCCCCAAAUGAUGAUAAAAGAGAUCAUUCCAAGAGCAAAACACCUUCAGAGUCUGGCUCAGAAACUACUAUAUCUGCUAGCAUAAGUAUUCCUAGUUAUGAUGACUCAGAUCGCACUCCUACAGAAUCUGAAAUUUCUCAUGAGAUGGAUGAACUUUAUGCACUUCUUGAAAGUAAUGGGUCAUCUCAAGAUGUUAUUGCAUCUGCAAAACUUUAUGACUUUGACUCUCAAAGUUUAGAUAAAGGCUUUCCUUUGCGAUCAGAAUCUUCUUUACUGUAUGGUGCUGCUAGUAAACUAGAAAGUCUUUUACCUAUUUCUAUUGAAGAAAGAAUAGCUCGAUAUAAAGAUGCUUUCCUAAAUAAAAUGACUGACAAUAGAGAUAGUGAGUACAAAAGCUGUGAGACUAGAAUAAAUGUUAUUCUUCCACAACCCCCAAUGCUUGAAAAUGAGAUCUAUCAAGAACCUCCAUAUGAUUCAUCAUUACCACCUUCUGUAUAUCAAACUUCAAAUUUUGAACUUGAAGAAGCAAAUAGUUUAACUGAGCAAACAAAGCAUUUUGGCAGAAAUUCUUCAUCAUAUAUGGACAAUAUUGAAGAAAAUAACUAUAAUGUCACAUCAGUUAAAAUUAUUUCCCACAACACUUAUCCUUUAUCUUCUGCAAUACAUAAAAUUCUAAGUAAUAACAUUGAUUCUACUUAUUUAGAAAAAAAGCUUGAUUACAAAAUUGUUAACAUUCAAGAUGCAUCAGAAGAUGUUUUAUGUGAAACUGCAGAGAACACUGAAGUAACCAAGUCAUCAGAUUUACCAAUAGAUGAAAUAAAAUUACCGGAAAGCAGUGAACCCAGUAUAAUUUCACCACUUCCAAAAGUAAUGAAUCCUAAAGAAAAAGCAUCUAGUGAAAAUGAUCUUUUAGUUGCUAAUUAUAGGGCAAAAAGUAAAGGAAAUAAUGUUUUUGGCACAAAAUCUGUUGGGAAUAUUACAGAACUUGAAAAUAUUGCGAAUAAAAGCACAUUUCGCGAUACUGGUUAUUAUUCAUUUAAAUCUUCGGAAGAAAGCUUUCUUAGUCUGGAUGAUUCUACAGCAAGUCAAACAUCUACUACUUCACUGACACAGUAUCGAUCUCUUACCUCCACUGAAACUAUUCCAGAGGAAGAAGAGACUUGCACCAAAGUGACACCACCAACAAAAAUGUCCUUAAGUUCCAGUAAUAUCCCUGAUGCCAUAAGUGAUACAUCUCCAAAAUCCAGCACUUUGCCACUCAGCUUACGUAACAAAUUUUCUGUUACCCCUGGUGGUAAUCAUCGGACUAGAUCCUCCUUUUUCUCAACUUCAGGUGUUCUGAGAAAGCUUACACUUCUUAGAGAUGAAAGUGGCAACUCUUUACGCUCUUCUCCACAUGGUAGAUUACGCAUGCGAAAUCGUUCGUUGUCUGGAGGAAGUGAAGAUGAUAGACAUAGAAAAGCAUCUCUUCCCCAAAUAGCUGUCUCUGAAUGUACAGAGAAUCAAGUUGGGAGAUUGAGUGCUGCAAGCUCAGAAAAAGAGAGUUCUGGGGUUCAAGAGGAUGACCUUGAUCAAGCAUUUGCUUAUCAUUGCAGGAGUCAGAUGUCACUUUCCUCUUUUGGGGGUAGAAGUGAAAGUGUUACAAGUGUUUACAGUGCAGCUGGAGGAGGUCGAUAUGGGACUGUGAUAGUUACUGGAGAAGUUUUAUUUGGCCUCAAUUAUAACUAUAAAACUGGAACACUUGAAAUUAAUAUCAAGGAAUGCAGAAAUUUAGCUGCUGUAGAUACAAAGAGAAACAGAUCUGAUCCCUAUGUCAAAGUUUAUUUGCUUCCUGAUCGUACAAAAAGUGGUAAAAGGAAAACAAAAGUGAAAAAGCAUACCUUAAGCCCUGUAUUUGAUGAGCUUCUAAAAUUUCAUGUUACUGUUAGUGAGCUAGAAAUACGAACUCUAUGGCUUUCAGUCUGGCACAGUGACAGGUUUGGUCGUAAUGAUUUUCUGGGUGAAGUAAUGUUGCCCCUUGGCAAUGAUGCAUUUGACAGCACUGGUCUUAAAUGGUAUCCACUUCAAGAAAGGAUGGAAGCUUUGGAAACUCCUGUCAGCUACAAAGGUGAUCUAAUUUUAGCCUUAAAAUAUGUUCCUCCAGACGUUACUAGUCGAAAAUUUUCCAAAAAACCAGGAAGUCCUGCAAAAGGAGCACUAGAAGUUCUUGUGAGGGAGGCUAGAAAUUUAAUGGCAACUCGCUCGAAUGGUACUUCUGAUCCAUUUUGCAAAAGCUACUUGUUACCUGACAAGAGCAAAGCUGGUAAACAGAAAACUCCAGUUUUCAAAAAAUCCUGCAAUCCUAAAUGGAAUCAUACAUUUCUCUAUGAUGAUGUUUCAGUAGAUGACUUAAGAGAGCGAUGUUUAGAGUUAACUAUUUGGGAUUAUGAUAAAAUAACAAGCAAUGAUUUUCUUGGUGGAGUACGUUUAUGUCUUGGAACAGGAAAAUAUCAAGGUAGAGAUGUAGAAUGGAUGGAUUCCGUUGGAGAAGAACAAUCCUUAUGGUAUACUAUGUUGGAGCGUCCAAACACAUGGGUAGAUGGCUCGCUUUUAUUGAGGCCUACCAUGCAAAGUCGACGAACAGUUUAACUAAUCCUUUUCUUUCAAAAUUAUCAUAAAAAUUCAUAAUCCAUACCGUUGUUCUUCCAUUCCUUUUUUCUUCUGAAUAACAGAAGAAAAAUAGAGCAGAGGGUAUAUCAAAUUUAUAUUGUUUUAUGCAGUAGAGAUUCAUCUGCACACUGUAGGUUUUUUUUUUCUUUUGUUAAAACUUCAAGAAAAAAUAAUUGUUCAUUACAAAAAUGUAAGUUGUGCAAAGAUAUAAAUAGAAUUUGAUUGGCUACUAAUAUGAGAGUGCAACACUCAUUUCUGACCACAGCUUUAAUAGAUAUGGGCUUAGUUACAAGGUAACCAAAAAGGUUUUUGCCAUUUAAAAUAGACAAAAGCUGAAACAAUAUAAACUGCACAUCGUACCAAUAGUUCUGAAAGUAAUGUACAUCUAGAAUCUUCUGUCAAUGCUUUUAGAAGUGUGCUUUCUUUUACAGUUAAAAAUGGGUUUAAGACCUUAUUACACAUGCAAAUACUUGUUUCAAAUCAGCAUUAUUAGUUAAAAGAUUCCUCACAACGAAAGUUGUCCAGAAAAUGAAAAGGGUCUAUGAAGUCUGAAAUGUGAGGUGGAUAUUGUAUUGUCUCGCAGUCAUUGUAUAUUGUCUUUGGAAGAAUACAUUUUUGCAUUUCAACAACGGUGGCUCACUUGUUAUACCUGUUGUACAUAUUCCAUUUAUUGUGUUUGUGAGCCUCCAGCAGUGGUUUGGUUCAUCUUAUCCGCCUAGUAGGUGCUGACUCAUUCCUCCACACAGACAGUAAAAACUUUUAUGGAUGUAGUAGUGUCUUUGUGGUGGGAAACAUUGCCCUUGAACAAUGUAGAAUGCUCAGAACACUUAAUAAUGUUAGCCAGUGCACAGUUCUUGUCACUGUUAUGUGCUCAAUUGAGAAUGGGUAUUAUGGUGACACUCCUAUUUCAACUAUUUUGAUACUGCCAUUUGUUUUCACCAUUGCACAAGUUACGAUUGAAUUGAGUAUGCAACUGGCUUGUAUUUAUAAAGACUUACAUUUUUAGAUCCAUUCAUUAAAUUGCCUUUUAAACCAUAUUGUAUGCUGAUUUGAGUAUUUGCUAGCCUUUCUUUCAUGAAACUUUUUAAAAAAAUCAAGAACUUUUUGGUUACCUUCUGUAAUGAAAACAUUAUGAAAGAAAACUCCCAGAU